ACAGGGCCAGUUGUCAUUGAUUACAAUCCCACGACUUCAACCACAACAACUACAGAGGUAACUAGACCUACCACAGGUGGAACGACAACAGUUGAAGAAACCACAAAUGAGACAAGUCCAUCUACAAAACCACCUAAAGAAGUCACCUCCGGCCCAACAACAACUUCCACCACUGUAAUUGUUGAAACCUCUACCUCCACACCUCAGCCCACAAGAUUAGGUGAAGAAACAUCAGGGCCAGUUGUCAUAACUUCCAAUCCCACUACUUUAACAACAACAACAGAGGUAACUACACCUACAAGAGGUGAAACUACAACAGUUGAAGAAACCACAACUGAGACAAUUCCAUCUACAUCCACAAAGCCACCUAAAGAAGCCACCACAGGCCCAAUUACAUAUUCCACAACUGCUGAAGUUGUAACUUUGACAUCACAGCCUUCAACAACAAGUACAGAAACAACAGAGCCAGUUGUCAUCACAGGCCCAUUAGAAACAACAAGAAAUCCUUCAACAUCGCCACAAGUGAUUAUUACACCAACAUCACAAGUAGUCACCACCAGCCAGUGUAUGUGCAUUGUUAAUGGGACACAAUAUCUACCAGGGAACCUAGUGUAUAAUGUGACUGAUGGUUCAGGGUGGUGCUUCACCGCUUACUGCAAAGCAACGUGUCAAGUUGAAGUUGAAUCAAAUCCCUGUCCUUCCUCUACACCACCCACUGUUUCACCCACAACGUCAGAAGAGACAACAACCACACCACCAACAACUCAAUCCUCCCCAGACUGCACUAGCAUUCAGCCACCAAGAAAGAAUGGAGAGUCUUGGCAGCUGAAUAGCUGUACCACAGCAAUUUGCCAGGAUGGAAUUGUUGUCCAUAUACCAGUAAAAUGCAAGCCAGUGGAGCCACUACAGUGUGAGAAUGGUCGUCCACCUGUCAAGGUCUAUGAUUCAACUGGAUGCUGCUUUACAUAUGAAUGUGAAUGUGUAUGCAGUGGAUGGGGUGGAUCUCACUACAUGACAUUUGAUGGAGUAUAUUACAAUUUCCAGGAGAACUGCUCAUACAUCUUAGUGAAAGAAAUCAACUUCAAAUACAACCUUACCAUUAUUGUUGAUAAUCACUACUGUGGAAACGCCGACAGUGGAUUCUGUCCUCAGUCCCUUAUCAUUCACUACAAUUCCUAUGAAGUGAUUCUUACCCAGCAGAGAUCUGGUGAAACAACAGAAAACGUGGUAUAUGUCAACAGUAAACGAAUCUACCCAGCUUACAGAAUGGGUGACAUUGCUCUAACAAGUACUGGUGUGGAGGUUGUGCUGGAGAUCCCUGAUCUUAAGGUUCAGGUGUCUUACAAGGGGUCAUCAUUUAGCAUCAACCUUCCUUACUCCCUCUUCCAAAGCAGCACAGAGGGCCAGUGUGGUACCUGUGAUAAUUCCCAGAAGAAUGACUGCCAGUCACCUAAUGGUCAGAUACAGAGCUGCUCAGUCGCAGCUAGCCAGUGGCUAAUUCCAAACCAGGACUGUCCAACUCCUCCAACAGCACCACCCGCAAGCACAUCCCCUACCCCUGCAAGACAGCCGUUUGUG